GAGGAUUUGGAGUUUGCUAGAGUUGGUGGACAGAAAAGGUUGAUGGGUGCUGUUUCUCUUGGACAAAGUUAUGAAGACGUCAGAAGUUUAACUGAAGGUUUGAGGGAUUCUUAUACACUGUAAAUGUUCAAAUAAUACUGAAAACAUUAAGUUACAUUGUACACUUUGAAAAGAACUGCACCAAUUAACCCAGUCUAUACCCUCCAUCUGAAGGAAAAAGGAAAAUUCAAACCGAGGAGGAGGUUUUCAACACCUCAAACUCCCAACAUUGGCAAAGGUAAAAUUUGGCAGAAAAAGUAAUUUUUCAAAAACUUUCAAUACUUUUCAGACAAAAAAAUAGUGCAUCCAAACAUCAACUGAUGAGAUUUUUUAUUAGUUAACUAGGAACAUCAUGAUGACGUGUAGUCUCGUUCGCAGCUGUUAUCAGGGUCGUAAGGCAAUGCUCCUCCCCACUAAGCAUUACGUGACCACCCUAAUAAUCGCUGCGAAGGAGACUACAUGAUGUGAGACUAAUGCAGAAACACAAAAGAUAAAAUGAUGAAACAUAUCACCUCAACUCUAUCAAGAUCUCAGAACAUUUUAACAACAAUUAAUCACCUUUCACUUUUUUAAAAGGCAACAAUGAUCCUGAAUCGGCUUCAAAAGUGAUGCAGUUUGCAUUAGUCACCGACAGUGGUUUUCGAUUUGCCUUAGCCCAUUCUCCUGUCAAAAGCUUGCCUGCAGUAACACUACUAGAGAAAUUCUGGGAAGGUAUUGAACGCUGCUAG